UAAAUGAUACACCGACUACAACAUCAACAGUAGACCUUCUACUCGCUGCACUGUAUUACCCGGCGUCCAAUCGAUCAGUACCAAGUUCAACGCGUUGUCAUCCUCGUCAUCAUCAUGAUUUCAAAGGACCAAACACGAAAGUUUAUUUUCGAAUUCAUCCUAUUCUUAUUUUGUUUGGACUACACUAAAGGUUGCGACCAACAGAUCUAUGCCGAAAUAGGAUGCAAACCUGUUUACGGCGAAAAAGGCUCAACUUCAUGUCCUAUUGCCUAUGAUUGUGAACAUGUAUUUGGCAGAUCCCCAGACAAGUGUUAUUUUAAUGGAAAAGUAUACCAGCCCAACGAACGAUUAUCAGAGACUGACUCUAAGCUGAAUCCGUGUCUGGCAGCGUGCUUCUGCGACCAAAGAGAAUAUGACAAUGUAACAAUUACGAAAUUCGUAUGUGCCAACGUCGAAUGCCCAUCGUUUUUCAAACACCUUGAAGGACCCUGUUAUUAUCAAUAUGACAAAGAUUUAUGUUGUGAAGUCCGAAAGUUCUGCCCUGAAAAGAAAACCGCAGUACACGAGUGUGUCCAUGAUGGGAAAACUUAUAAGGACGGACAACGGUUUUACGUAGGCGACACGUUGCAGUGUGUAUGUUCGCCACAAUUUAAUGGCACGAUUAGCGACCGUUUCUGCAGAAAAUUAAGUUGCAAAGCUGAAUUGUUGUACAUGGAUAAUAUAAUGUCGAAAAGUGCACCUGUCUAUUUUGAAACAUCUGGCGGUUGUCCAAUCCAAUGGUUUAAUCCUAAGUACGAAGACGGUACGGCCGAAGUAUUAAACGCGACCGGUUCGAACAAACUCAAAUGCAAAUACGGUAAUACCGAAUUAGCGUUGGGACAAAAAUUGAUUUUCAAUCAACAAGAUGAUGGUGACACUUACGACUUAUCGUGUUCGUGUCAAGUGCCACCGUUGGUAACUUGCAUAAAAAAAAGAAAAUUUAGUUCUUAAUAUUUGUUGAACGGCUUGGCACAGUGGUUCUGGACUCUGGUAGGUACUAAUCUAUUAUCGGUUCGAUUCCAUCCACAUUGCAAACAUUCCACGCAAGAUCGUCUCAACUACCAGCCUUAGGAAUCGAAGGCAGUUAAAUUAAACCAAAAAAAAAGUUCUCAAUAUUUCGCUUGAAUAAAAAUAUUAGAUAUUUUAUACAUUUAAACUAACUAUUAUAGCUUAAGUAUAAACUAUACAAAUUGUAAAUAGUACCUACUGAGUUAUAUACAAUUAUACAGAUUCAAUUUAUUUUUGAUAUAAAUAAGUAAUUUAUGUAAUAAACUAUUAUAACAUAAUCUA